AUGGCGUCCACAAGUCUCGUUGAGCCGUAUUGGGCACGGCUAACAUCAAACGCGGAGAACUACGCUCAGCAAUGUUACUCUUCGAAGAGUAAACGCAUGCUCGACUGCACUUUGUUCGUGAAAGAUCACCUCCCAGGAUCUACAAAUCAGAAAGCUCGGUGUCCAUUCAAUCCCGAAAUCUGCCGAACUGAUACGACCAACUUGUAUCUGGAUAGCGGGCUUCUCGAUUCGGGUAAACAUUUUGGCUUGAACACGGCCCCAAGCGAGAGAACACUGUUCCGGAGUGUACUUCACUGCGCACCCCUGGUGACUGAAGGUUACACCAGCACAAGAAAUACAGCGGACGCGAACUAUACCAGGUAUCAUUACGGCUCUAUAGUUGCCGACGAAACAAGUGAAGACAUCACAUACGAAUACCUAAGCCGUGACUCUCAAUACGAGAGUGGGGAAGGUUUCGGACUUUACGGUGCUCUCAGAGGUUAUGGAAGCAACUUUGUUCUCGCAAAUAUCGGGUCCGUAGUGGAUAAGCACACAACGGACGUCAACAGGUCUGCAUUUGUCCCAAUACCGGAGUUGUUCCGAUCGGAUGGCGACCUCGAGAUCAUAUUUCUUGUUGGAAACGGCAUUCAGUUCUACGAGCAAACCGAAGAUGCAUGGUACCGCGUAACAGACCUCGGCAACGAGAUAUUCGACAAUACGUGGGAGGGGACCCGCACGUUAUAUUUGCCUGAGGAAGCUGCAUCGCCUCUUGCAUGUGUGCAGCAGUUCCAGUUCUGCAACACCGCACUCGCGCCGGAGAAACAAUGCGGACCGCUGGCCUCUUGGAACGAUGCCGUCGACGAAUCUGCGUCACUUUUCAACAUCACUGGUUCGAAUGAGGACGAAUACCUUACAACCGAUUCAGCAGCCAGUCAAUUCUUCUGGAUUGUCCUGCAGAUGAAUUAUGCGGCAAGCAAACUGCAGACGCUCCUGCAGACACUUGGACCAGAGUCGCUGGCGUCGAAAGCCAACUUGAUACAAGGGAUCAUGGGCCGUCUACCAUCCAAUCAAUGGCAGCUUGACGUGACGCAUUGGUGGUCUACAUACCUGGCGUCAGUACAAGCUGCUUUCGUUGAGACAGCCAUCGGGCCGUCUGAUCCGACGGGAGAGCUGGAUCAAUACAAAGAAGCCCCGUGGAACGACCACGUGCGGAAAUUAUGCAACAGCCAAAAAAUACUGAGCAGUAGCUAUACCUCGUUCAGCAUGUUUGGGCUCUGCUUCACGUACGCCAUGGGCAUCUUGUUAAUCGUCGCCUCGUACGCGGCUGAGCCCAUCUGUGCCUGCCUGUAUCGGCGCUUCAAAUUCAGGGAAUACGCACAUCUCGAGUGGACAACCAACGCGACCCUUCAUUUUCAGCGAAUGGCUUAUCAAGGAAUCGACUCUGGCGAAUGGACUGGGGAAAUGGACAGCAUACCCAUGACCAAAGCUGGUGAAAUGUUGGCGGAGUUGCCAAUGCGUGCCGCAGCCACCGUCCCCCACGACGUGUCCGAAAAAGGCACGACUGACCAGACUGGACGGAGUCGCGAGGAUAUUGAGCUUGAUAGCUUGAUUGGUGGUGAUGAUGGAGUAGUUGUUGUUUCGUCACCUAAUGAUUCGACGGGCAGGAACUGA